CUUCUUCCUCUAUACAUGUACGCCGUCCUCAUGAAUCCACGGCCGUCAAUAUCUUUCUUUGCGAUACCAGCCCGCGCCAACAAACGAGUUCCGUCGCUGCAAUGCCGCCGUGAUCUUCACUACCUUCGCGCAUUCAUUGCGCCUUCGACGAGUUGCUAUCAUCGCUCUCGCACACCUCCCCGAAUACCCACGCAUACUUCACAAAUCAUCAUACGCCAUGCGUCCUCCGCAGUGACAGCUCUAAAACCCUCUACGCCCACGAAUCCCAAGAUUAACGUUCCCGCAAAGUCGCCGUCCUCCAACGUCCCCAUCCCGCAAGUCCGCGCGAAAGUCAACCCGCCGCCGGAGACUCAUGCUCCCGAGCUACACGUCCCGGCACGCAAGCAGGGGCAAGGCUAUAUCAGCUAUCUGUGGCGGACGGGAAGGGCAUACAUCACUUUCUACAAGGACGGGAUACGGAACGUACGCGCAACCGCUCGCCUGGCAAAAUCGCUCCGCGAGAAAGCCGCAAAGGCUCCGUCUUCGAGUAGAGAGCAGGCCCUCACGAGGGCAGAAUGGCAGAUUGUGCGGAGGAGCAGGGCGGACAUCUGGAGAUUGCCUGCGUUCGCGGCGAUUGUGCUGGUGCUUGGGGAGUGGACGCCGGUCAUUGCGCUGUAUGUCACGCCCUUGAUUCCGGAGCCUUGCCGCAUUCCGGCGCAAGUCAGACGAGGACUGCAUAAAAAGGAAAUAAGGAGGAAGGAGAGGGAGAGGAGACUCGCGAUGGACGCUGCGCGGCUUGUUGCUAGAGACAGAAAGCCGGGGACUACGCCUACUGGGCUUGUGCGUCCGCAGACGUUGAGGCUAGAAGAGGUACGGAAGAUGGAUUUGUACACACUGCUCACGCUUUCGACACGAUUGGACUGCCAUUCUGGGAUAUGGGAUAGGCUGUUUUUGACACCGCCAAAAGCGCUGUUGAAGUGGGCUUUGAGGAAGAAGGUGGAGUAUUUGAGGAAGGAUGACGGGUUGAUUGAGAGGGAUGGCGGGUGGCAGGCUUUGGAGAGUAAAGAGAUACAAAGAGCGUGCGUGGAAAGGGGGAUUUCGGUUGUGGGGCGCAGCGAGGAGGCGUUGAGGAGGGAGUUGGCGGCUUGGUUUAAGAGGUAGUAUACAGGACUUUAGGGGGAGUAUUGUUGCUGUAUGAAUAUCCUCAUUCGCGAGGAGUAAAGCAUGCUGCUGUACAUAUGUAUCAUAUACCAAAUACCUGAGCGUUGCGACGACCGAGCCGGA